CAUGCAGUGCUAUUUCUGGUCAUGCAAAUGAACACAAUUUCCAAAUAUACGUUUUACAAUUCUAGGCAGUUCAUCUUUUCUUCCGGGAGGUCGUUCGUCGUUGCUGAAGCCUAAAAAUCGUCGUCGCGACGGUCUGGCACAAAAAGAUAGUUUUGGUCAUCUACGUGAGUGCUAUGACAAUGUUGUGAUUGCUAGAAUGACUUGGUCGAAAUGGACCCCCUUGUCAAUUUUGCGAACUUUUAGAUCGCUCAUUGCUCUUGCUGGUAGGCAUUGUCCUACUGAUUACGACCGAUAUUUAGUCCUAGAAGAGAGAGAUAAGUUGUUAUCUAAGCUGAGAGAUGUAAGAAGAAGACAAAAAGAAUGGUGGAUAUCACAGUUUGAGUGUGGUGCUGAUGGAUCAAUGAAACCUCACCUUAUGGUAAAAGAAUACGCAAGAAGUGCGGCAGACCAGGACAAACCCUUACCCCACGAACUUCGUUCUAAGGCUUUGCUCGAGAACACUAUGGACUAUCUUUUGAAAAAUGUCCUCGAUGCUAUGCCAAAAAACGACGAUGACAUUUCGAUGUGGUACGACUUCCUGUGGAGUCGAACUCGUGCCAUUCGUAAAGAAAUCACACAGCUGAUGUUAUCGGAUAGAACUGCUGUUGCUCUUUUCGAACGGUGUGUUCGGCUACAUAUUUUAUGUGCUUACAAACUUUGUCAUCUUGAUUUUGACAAAUUCGACCAGAAUAUGAACACCGAGAACCUCGCUAAAUGUCUGCAGUCUCUGCGUCAUUUGUACGAAGAUUUGAGGAUCAUGUUUGAUACAGAGGCAGAAUUCAGAGGUUAUGAUGUAAUGUUGCACCUCCACGAUAGUAAUAUCCUUAGACAAGUCCUCUCGUAUCGAAAGGAAGUUCGCGAAUCGAGGCCUGUACGUUUAUCACUUCAACUUUCAAGUGCUUUACAAAACAAGAACUACGUAAGAUUUUUUCGUUUACUGAGGAAAGAAGCGACCUUUUUGCAAUGUUGUAUAUGUCAUCGCUACUUUAAUACGGUACGUUACCAAUCAGUUGUGCCACCGUUUCUCUUCAGACCUGCUGUAUAG